AUUGAACAGAGAGAAAUCUUGUGUGGUGACUUGGUUGUUUUUAUUGUCAUUCUGUGAGAAAACCAAAUAAUUAUAUAAAAUGAACACUCCGUCCGAGUCGGACAAACCGUCAGCUUCUAACGUCGAAGAGGACAGAGCUCGUUUGUGCGAAGAGUUUGCGGUAAUAGCAGGAAGUGAUGCUGCUGUAGCUCAGUGCUACUUAGCUGAAAACAACUGGCAGAUGGAGGUAGCUUUGAACUCAUUCUUUGAAGCUGACAUGGAGAGUGUGUUUGAAGUGGAAGAUUCUCCAGAGGCCACCGACUCUAAAACCAAGAGCAAGAAGGCUGAGGAAAAUGUUCAAGGAGACUGCAUAGAUUUGACUGAAGACAGCCCUGCCACUGCACGUAAAUCUCCAGAAGAUGAUGCCAACAAGCUCUCACUUAUCUCGUGGAAUGUGGAUGGACUUGAUACUGACAACCUUGCAGAGCGUGCACGGGGUCUGUGCUCCUACUUAGUGCUAUAUAGUCCUGACGUGGUGUUCCUGCAGGAGCUCAUCCCACCCUAUGUGCAGUACUUAAAGAAACGGGCCGUCAGCUACGUGUUCAUUGAAGCUGGUGAAUGUGGUUACUUCACUGGGAUGAUGCUGAAAAGGGGUCGAGUCAAACUGUUGGAGAGCGAGAUAGUGCCUUACCCAACCACUAAAAUGAUGAGGAAUCUGCUUGUAGCUCAGGUGGAUUUCAAAGGGCAGAAGUUGUGCUUAAUGACAUCGCACAUGGAGAGCUGUAAGAGCCACGGGGAGGAGCGGAAAAAACAGCUGCGAGUGGUGAUGCAGAGGAUGAGCGAGACGCCUGACCAUGUCACCGUCGUGUUUGGGGGAGACACCAACCUGAGGGACUACGAGGUUGCCAAGGUUGGCCUGCCCGCCGACGUCUGUGACGUGUGGGAGCAGCUGGGCAAGCAGGAGCACUGUCGCUACACAUGGGACACGCAGACCAACAGCAACAAGUCCAUUGCUUUCGUCUGUCGCUGCCGCUUCGACCGGAUCUACUUCCGUCCUGCAACAAAGGAGGGCAUCCUGCACCUGGCUCCUGACCACAUGGCCUUGGUGGGAUUGGAGAAGCUGGACUGUGGCCGUUAUACGAGCGAUCACUGGGGAAUUUUCUGCAGCUUUGCAGCUGGGUAGAUUUACAUGUUGUAAUAAGUGAUUUUAUCCUGUAUUUUUUUUCCAACUACAGUUGUGCUUUCUCUGUGAAAGAUUAUUUUCUGCCUCAUAUGAGGUG